CGGCGCGUCGAGUUGGAAGAGCGAAGGCUCGGGUGUGAGAGGCGGGAGCCGGUCAGUGUCGCAGGCUCGGGCUUGUUUUUGAUAUAUUUUAACCCCAACAACAGAGGACUAACACAUCGCUGCCGGACUCUGUCCCAGCUAGGCGGAGAGAGAGGAGCUGUCCUGGUGUUACCAAGUCUCGCUGUGCGAGUGUCACCCUACUGUCCCCUGUUGCCUUGCGCACAAGGGGUUUCCAUGUUGGUUUUGGAUCUUUACUGUCCUAUGCAAGUGCAAACUGGAAGGUUAAAGAAGGGAUUGCAAAGAAAGCAUAAAGUGCUAAUUUUGAGAUCUGGGAAAGGAGUUGAGAAGUUUGAAGGAUCUGCUGAAAGGUGACAAAACAGUUCAAGAUGGGAGGAGGUGAGCGAUGUAACAUUCCUGUUCAACAGCAAAGAACUGUUGGCAAACAGAAUAAUCGUCAGAAAGUAUUUGAUCGCAACAAUCAAAAGGCAAAUACCUGUCGUGCUAAAGACAAAGGUCGUGGUUACAAUCCAUCUGGUCUUGCAUGGCAGGCCAUGCAGAAUUGGUCCAACAACACUCGCUCAACAAACCAGAACUGGAAUUUAGGAUUGUCAGGAUCAAAGAACCUCUUCCAUGGUCAGCUUAACCAGAAUUAUGCUGGAGCCAAAUUUAGUGAACCACCGUCACCAAGUGUUCUUCCCAAACCUCCAAGCCACUGGGUACUUCUUUCCUGUAAUCCUGCUGAGAAAGAAUUGAUGUCAUUUCAAUUAAAGACCUUGCUGAAAGUCCAAUCUUAACAAGCAUUUCAGGCCAACCAAUGUCCCUGGGAUAAUUACAGCAUUUCAAGUUGAAGACUAUGCAGCUUUACUUUAGUCAUAAAGUAGCUUAUCUAGCACACCUACAAAUCAGGAAUUGGUCUGCUCUGUUUAGUUACUCAGAAUAACUGAAUGAGAUGUUGGGGAACCUUCCAUGAAGACUCCUGCAUCUGAAGCACUCAUCACUGCAUUGUUAGUGUGUUGCAAUUACUUCUUGGUUUUUUUGUAUUUCAUAUUUAAAUCAAUACAUCGAUUGUUGCACUUAAAAGUAAUGGAAGAAUGUCUUUUGGGGCUGUCUUUGAUUACGGUCAGCACUAGUAAAUUGCAACAUAUGCUGUGAAGGCUUGGUUCUUUUAUCAAUGUAUUGGUACAUGUUGUAAUAUAUCUAGAGCAGGCUAACACACUUUUUUUUGUCUCAAUAUUCAACAGUGGAUUAGCCACCAUUUGCAUUGCGUAGCCAAGUUACCAGCCUAGCUUUGUUUUUAUACCACUUAUGUGCCAACAACUCAAAUGUACUGCCAAAGUCUGUUUUUGAGGGUUUUACCAGUAACUAAAACCAAAUCACUGCUACUCCAAUCUUUCUUUCCCGGUGUAAAAUUUGUCAAUACCCUUCCAGCCCAAUCUAGACUGCUUGCAAUAUGUGGUGUUGAUCACCAUGUAAAUGUUCUCUAGUAUAAAUUUUGUUAACUUUUUUUUUUUGUACAUUCUAGAACUGCUUAGCAGGUGUGCUUUAAACAUGACACUUAAUGCUUGAUUACAAUCCAUUAUUUUCUGGACACAUGGAAUAGUCUCCAGCCUCAGGAUUUUUUAUUUUUAAAAUCUGCAGUUUUUAGGUUCAGUUUUCAGUAUUUAACUGAAAUCUGUUGUAAUCUAGAUAUCCAAACCCCCCCCAACCAUUCCUGUCACCCUUUACCUACUUUUUUGUUAAGUGGGGAUGGGGGCACGAGUUCCCUAUUAACAGACAUUUGAAAACCAGAGUCAAAGACAACUACUGGCUUCAUCUUAGGAACCUGACAUUUGGUCCAUUUUAUCUAUUUUUAUUUUACAAGCUGGCCUGUAUUAAUGGAACUAUAAUAGCCUGGCUCCUAAAUCUGGAGCCCUGCGUUGGAUAGUAAACCCAUGUAACUUCCUGCUAAGUUAUUGCAUGUUUUGGCAGCAGGCUAUAAAGGGCUGUCCUUACAGCUGCUCUACUUAGAAUAUUUUUUUUUCUGUGCAGCAGAUUGUUGGGGGAAAGCUGCUCUUAUUAUCCUGCUGAACAGUGCAUACAAUGUCAAAUCCAGAUGUAUAAGUGUGUGUAUAUAAUCUCAAUGUUCGGUGUAAAGUAAUGAUUUGAAUGACGUCACUUUUUCUUCCCUCUCAAAUGUAGUCUUUGUAUAAUUGGUCAUUCAACUAGCAGCACUCUUCAACUUGAAAUUUUGUAACUGUCUAUAUAGUAAUAAUAUGAACAACCGAGUAGCUGUGUAAAUAGCUGUACAAGUUGUAGUAUAUGUAAAUGAGUGCAGGAAACCCUGCAAAGAGUAUUUUUUAGUACAAAACUGCUGAAUGUAGUCACCAGAUCUGUGACUUCAGAAACUUAUUUUGUUUAAAUAAAACACGAACGUAGCCUUUUGCACGAAGUGCCAGUAUAAAUAUGUACACAUUCUCGUGUUCUCAAUUAUAAACUGGUCAUGUAGUGGGAUUGGUGCAAAUGAAGCUUCUAAGGAUUUUACAUAAAAAUAAAAAAAAAGUUAGCAGCUGCUCAAACAUGUAUAAAUAGAUGUAUUUUUGAUAUUUGUGCAGUCUGAGUAUUCCCACUGCUCAAACUGCUUUAAUUGAUGCAACAUUGUGAAAUUGUAAUUGGGGCUAUCUAAAGACUCCACCAUAGUUAAGAACAUUCUGUACUGCACUGCUUGGGAAUAUAUUUGAAUGGACCAUGUGAAACUCAACUUAUAAGUGUUUACAUCUGAACUGUCAGAGCCCACUUUCACUGCUACUUUUAAACAGCCUUACCUCUUAUCCUGGAUUUCUGUUUUUCAAGAGAAUGGACAUUCCUUUUAAUACCCCUACACGGACUUCUAAAUUGUUAAGAGAUGACGAUUUUGUUUAUCAGUAUUGUCUUGUGAAAUGGAGGAGUAUGUAUUACAUUUGAACAUAAUAUGGUCAACCCUGUAUUCAGUACUACCCAGUUCUCUCAAAGGUGCAGAUUUCUAGGAAUUCUUCAUGUGUCCUUGUAGAUGUUAUAUUUGAUCAUGUGAAUAGGGAGACCUGCACUUUUCUAUCGAUUGGCAGUGGAACCUUGCACUGAUUUUGGUCUUCAAAGGAACAUGGAGCUGGUGAACAAAGACCAAUGCAGGCUUUUGCAGAAUUCGGUAGAAAUGGCAACUUAUCAAAGGGUUAGUCCUGUCCCAGAAUGCCUUGUAAAACCUUGUAUUUGCACAGAUCUUGGGAAAGGUGUGUAGGUUCAUUUUUUUUAUUUUUUUAUUUUUUCCCAGCUCUACUAGAUUUAUGCAGUCCCUUUUGUUUCAGAUGCCUAUUUGUAAACUAGUCCAAACACAAAAACUGACUUUUUUUUUCCCCAUUAAGUACUUAAUGCUGCUGAUGUGGAACAUCUUUACUAUAUUUGUAACCAUUCAUCGUGUGAAUAUGGCUGUGCUAUAUUCCUUAACUGUUCGUUUUUGUUUUCUUUUCACAAUGUGAUUGUUUAAAAAAAAAAAAAGAGAGAAAUAAUCUAUUUAUACACUAAAAUGUGUCUGCAGUAUGCAAACAUUAGGAUACUUCCAAGGCAAUUUAAAUUGGCUUAUGUUUAAAUUCUACAACUACCCCACCCCCAUGCUGAAGUCACAAGUGGUUUUUAUUUGGAAGUACCUCCCCCCAAAAAAACAAUAAUUUGGAAACUAUAACAAAAUAAAUAAACUCCUUUUAACCCCUAAA